AUAUGAACCCAAAAAGUUACAGCGAAUCUAGUGAGCUCCCACGGGGACGGUAGAAUCUUUUCGGCAAAACGCGCAAAUCCACUGCAAGUCUCGUCAUGCCCCUUCCUUGCUUAAUGGAAGUUCGAAGCUUUUUGUUCCUAUUCUCCAUUUGCUUCACUGCCGCAAUCGCCAUCUUACUAAAACACUCAUCUACAUGGGUACCUCGAGUUCUAAUGAGAAGAACCCAUUCCAAGGUUGCGGAUUUGGUAGUCACAAAUGCCACCAUAUUUACAAGCCAUCACUCUCUUCUUUUUGCUGAAGCCAUGGCCAUUCAAGAUAGCAGGAUUCUCCAUGUUGGGAAUUAUUCCUCUGUCCAGGAUUUCAUAGGCCAUGGGACUCAACAACUGAAUAUUAAAGGGAAAGUGGUGGUUCCUGGAUUUAUUGACUCGCAUGUACACUUUAUUCCUGGAGGCUUGCAGAUGGCACAGGUGGAACUACAUGGUGUGAAAAGCAAAGAUGAGUUUGCAUCAAAGGUCAAGGAAGCUACAAAAGGGAAAGAAAAGGAUUCUUGGGUCUUGGGUGGUGGGUGGAAUAAUGAUCUUUGGGGGGGAGACUUACCUACAGUAUCUUGGAUUGAUGAUAUCACACCCAACAAUCCUGUCUGGCUAUCACGGAUGGAUGGCCAUAUGGGAUUGACCAAUUCAGUGGCACUUAGGAAUGCUGGAGUUUCUAAGUACACACAAGAUCCAGUAGGUGGAAGUAUAAUUAGAACUGCAGAUGGAGAACCAACUGGAUUGCUGGUUGAUUCUGCCAUGAAGCUCGUCGUUAAUUGUAUACCUGAGAUCUCAAUCAUUGAGAGGAGGAAUGCCAUGUUAAGAGCAAGCAGAUUUGCCCUUAGUAGGGGAGUGACAACAGUAGUUGAUCUUGGUAGAUUCUAUCCUGGUGUAUCAAUAGAACUGUCAUGGGAGGAUUUUAAAGAUGUUUACAGCUGGGCUGAUUCUACUGGGAAUAUGCUUAUCAGGAUUUGCUUAUUUUUUCCUAUGGCGACAUGGUCUCGCUUGGUUGAUACUUUGAAACACACAGGCCGGGCUCUGAGUCAGUGGCUCUUUCUGGGAGGUGUCAAAGCAUUCGCUGAUGGAUCAUUAGGCUCCAACAGUGCAUUGUUCUAUGAGCCUUAUGUGGAUGAACCCACCAAUUAUGGGCUUCAGGUGACAAAUUCAGACUGGCUUCUAAACAACAGUAUUCUUGCAGACAAAUCAGGACUUCAGGUUGCUAUUCAUGCCAUUGGUGAUAAAGCUAAUGACUUGAUCCUAGACUUGAAUGAAGCUUUGAUAGCCACCAAUGGAUUCAGAGACAGGAGAUUUAGGAUUGAGCAUGCUCAGCAUUUGUUGCCAGAGUCAGUGAGUCGUUUUGGUAAACAAGGGGUCAUUGCUUCUGUGCAGCCGGAACACCUCAUGGAUGAUGCUAACAGUGCUGCAAAUAAGCUAGGGCAAGACAGGGCAUAUGCAGAAUCAUAUCUUUUCCAUUCAUUAUUAUCAAGCAAUGCACGGCUGGCUUUCGGUUCAGAUUGGCCAGUUGCAGACAUUGACCCGUUGGCUGGAAUCAAUGUAGCUGUGAAGAGAAUGCCUCCUGGAUGGGAGAAGCCGUGGAUUCCAUUUGAACGUGUCACUUUAAAUGAGGCCUUAAUUGCGCACACCAUUUCAGCUGCAUAUGCAUGCUUCCUUGACCAUGAAUUGGGUUCUUUAUCAUCUGGGAAAUUUGCAGAUUUUGUGGUCUUAUCAUCAGAUUCUUGGGUUGAUUUUGAGGAGCAUGUAUCUGCCUCAGUUUUGGCAACAUAUGUGGGGGGUGUGAAGGCCUAUCCCUAAAUCCAUUUCCGAAUGCCUAGCAUGUGUAUGUAGUUUUAUCAAAUUUAAAUUUUUAUUGUUUGUUAUAAAUAACUCCAUUGUACACCGUAAGCAUGUAGAAAUGAUCAUGGAGGUCUGUUAUCUAUAGAAGGACUAUUUUCUUGUAA